CGGCCGGCGCCUGGUGGCCACCUUGGUCAUGGUCAUCGUGAUGGUGGCCACCGUGAUGGAGGCCAGCGGGGUGGUGGCCGCCUUGAUCCUGGUCACCAUGAUCAUGGCCAUUGUGAUGGUGGCCACCAUGAUGACGGCCAGAGGGGUGGUGGUCACCUCGGUCACGGUCAUCGUUAUGGUGGCCACCGUGAUGGAGGUCAGCGGCGUGGUGGCCAUCUUGAUCGCAAUCACCAUGAUUGCACUCACCAUGAUCAUGGUCAGCGUGGUGGUGGCCACCGUGAUGGUGGUCAGUGGGGUGGUGGCCACCAUGAUCCUGGUCAUCAUGAUGGCCACCACGAUCGUCACCUUGAUCCCAGUCACCAUGAUUGCAGUCAUUGUGAUCCCGGUCACCAUGAUCAUGGUCAGCAUGAUGGUGGCCACCAUGAUUGGGGUCAUCACGAUUGUGGUCACCUUGAUCCCAGUCACCGUCACCAUGGUCAUCGUGAUGGUGGCCACCACGAUCAUGGAUCGAGUGGCCGGAGAGGCCGGAUCAUCGCCAUGGGGGUGGGGAUGUGGUGUGGGAGGGUUGGCUGGGGUGAUGUCAAGAGGUCUUCCAGGGGAGGAUUUGGCCAGGUGGAUCCCAAGAACUCUUACAGCAAAGGAUUUCUCCGGGUGGAUCCCAGGAGAUGUUCCAGGGAAGGGUUUCUCCGGGUGGAUCUCUGGAGGUUCUUCCAGGGAAGGAUUUCUCCAGGUGGAUCCCAGGAACUUUUUCAACAAAGGAUUGGUCUGGAUGGACACGGGAAGUUCUUCCAGGGAAGGAUUUGUCCUGGUGGAUCCCAGGAACUCUUCCAGGGAAGGAUUUCUCCAGGUGGAUCCCAAGAGAUCUUCCAGCAAAGGAUUGGUCUGGAUGGACACGGGAAGUUCUUCCAGCAAAGGAUUUCUCCAGGUGGAUCCCAGGAACUCCUCGGGGGCCUCGAUCCCAGAGUUGGUUCCGUGGCUCCAGAGGGGUUCGGACACCGGGGGGAACGUUGGGAUCUCCUGCUCCAGGUGGAUUUUCCUUGGAAUGAGGGGAGUGAGAUCCACCUGGACUGAGAACUUUGGGAUCUCCAAUUCCCAACAGAUCCAGAACCCAAUUCCUAAGGGAUUGAGAACUUUGGGAUCCCCAUGGACUGAGAGCUUUGGGAUCCCCAUGGAUUGAGAGCUUUGGGAUCCCCAUGGAUUGAGAGCUUUGGGAUCCCCAUGGAUUGAGAACUUUGGGAUCCCCAUGGACUGAGAGCUUUGGGAUCCCCAGUUCCCUGUGGAUCAAGAACUUUGGGAUCCACCAUUCCCCAUGGACUGAGAACUUUGGGAUCCCCAAUUCCCACCAGAUCCCAAACUCUGGGAUCCCCCAUUCCCCACCCCAGCCCCUCUCCUGGCUCAGCCCCCCCCUUUCCCCACAGGAAUAUUUCUCCCCCUAUUUAAAAAUUUGGGAAUUCCCAUCCCCGCUCCCCCUUUCCCCCCCAUGGACAUUCUGCACUUUAUUCCAGGCUCUGGGAAUUCCGGGAUCACCUUUGGGAUUUUUUUUUUUUUUUUUUUUUGGGAUCAUCCCACAAAAUUUGGGAAUUUUGGCCUCCCGGGAAAUCGGGAUGAUCCCUGCUGGAAAAACCCGGAGCUUUUAUGCAAAUCCCUCCGCUCCCAUCCCACUUUUCCCCCGCAAAAUUCCCAAUUUUUUCCCCGCUCUGAUUUUUUCCCAGAAAUUUUUGGGGCCAAAACAAAAAAAUAGGAAAAAAAAAAUCCCGUCAGGACUGAAAUUCCCAACAAAAUUCCCAUUCCUGGAACGCUUCGGCUCAGGGGGGAUUUUUUAGGGAAUCUCCUGAAGUUUUAGGGAAUUUUAACCCCGGGAUCUGACUCCUUGGAGGUCCCGAUGCUUUUAUCCCGAUUUUCCCUCUUUUAUCCCGAUUUUCCUGCUUUUAUCCUGAUUUUCCCGCUUUUAUCCCCAUUCUCCUGCUCUUUUUUCCCUUUUUUUCCCAUUUUUUCUUCCCCCUGGCUAUGCAAGAGCUCCCCCAGGAUGGAAAUCCCAGAAAAAUCCUGGAAAAAUAAAAAUUCCGAGAAAAAAAGAAAAAAAUCCCGGGAAGGGUUCGGGAGGAGCCGAACUGACCCUAAAAACCCCCGGGGAAAACCCCGGGAUUUGGGAUCCGCCGGGAAGAGCUUCGGGAUUCCCUGGAUAUGCAAAGAGGGUGUGAAUAAAUCUGUGAAAAAUGGGA